AUGCGAUGGCACGCACUCCUGUUCGCAGUUGUGCUGGCGGGGGCCGACGACUGCUCCAUUCGGCCCUACGAGUCCAAGGGACCAAAGCGGUCCGGAAAUAACGGUUAUGUGAUUGAGAUAGCUGCCAUUACUGCUAAAGGCGACAACGGCGACACCGGAUUUGUGCCCGGCGAAACAUACAAAAUUUCGAUUCGAGGCUGGCGAACAAAAUUCAUUGUACGGACGUUCCGAGGUUUUGUGCUCAGUGCUUUGUUCGAGGACGGCAAGCCGAAACUAACUUCUCCCUCAAUUCAGGUGGUACGCGGUCGUGGAGAUGCUCGAACGGCUCCGGGAUGUCGAAAGGCCGGAGUUUCGCAUUCGAGUCUUCGUCCAAAAACUUCUGUUCACACAAUAUGGAAAGCACCUGAUGUAUCCACAGGCUGCGUGAUAUUCCGUGCUUCUGUCAUCGAGUCGAAGUACGUCUGGUACUCCGAAGAAAACGGCAUGACAAAGAAAUUCUGUAUCAAAGACUACCAGAAAGUUCUUCCCAACGACGAUCCAAACGAUGAGUGCUGUGCAUGCGACCAGGCGAAAUACGAAUUGGAAUUCGUAGGACUAUGGAGCAAAGAAACACACCCGAAGGAUUUUCCAACUUUGGAACAUUUGACGCAUUUCACGGACAUGCUAGGUGCAUCACAUUCAAAGAACUACUCAUUAUGGAAGAUCGGAGAGAUUUCCACGGACGGCAUGAAGGAGAUCGCUGAGUGGGGAAACACCUUCAAAGCAGAAGCGGAAGCUAAGCAAAAGGCUUCUGAGAUUCGAACACUGAUGAAGGUGAAAGGACUAUGGUAUCCUGAAGUUCAGGGAAGGACAAAAUCGCAAUUUGUAGUGAAUAAGUAUCACCAUCUCGCCUCCCUGGCUGCCAUGUUCGGGCCAUCUCCCGACUGGUGUGUGGGAAUAUCGUCCGUGAAUCUCUGCCUUCCUGACUGUUCCUGGAUUACCGAACGCGCAUUCGACCUCCAGCCCUUCGAUGCUGGAACCGAUUCCGGGCAGACAUAUAUGUCACCGAACUCACCACUCGAGCCGCGGGUUCCGGUGAAAUGGAUCACAACCAAAGAUGAUCCACUUUCACCUUUCUACUCUGCAGAAUCUGACAUCAUUCCACCAUUGGCCAAAUUGAUUUUGAAGCGAAAAGAGGUGAUCCCUAUGAGAUGCUUGUCCGACGAUGAAUAUCAGCGUGAGGCGUUCAACAUCACCAACACCAGCGAAGACGAGGAGUACAAGGAUAGAAGAGAAUGCUUGAUGUCCAACUGGGGAUCGUGGUCACUAUGCUCGGCCACCUGCGGAAAAGGGAUUCGCAUGCGGAGCAGGGUAUUCGUUUUCCCCAUUAAGGCUCAGAUGUUCAACUGCCAUCGUCAGACGACGGAACGACAAUUCUGCAACGCAAAGGUGAACGAAUGUGAAGAUUCGGAGGCGUUCAACACGAAAUGUGCAGUGGGAUCGUGGCAAGCGUGGAGUGAGUGUUCGGUCACUUGUGGCUACGGGACAAGGACCAGAUCCAGAUCAUUCUUAAAUCAAAAACAAAACGAAACCGAAUGCAAUGUGGAUUUAAUCAGAAAGGAUAUCUGUGUUGGAGAAUCCGGCGAAGACUGCUCGGUGACCCCGGAUCCGCUGUGUCGGACGACAUCCUGGAGCGAGUGGUCGCCAUGUAGUGCCAGCUGCGACGACGGCGUUCGAGUCCGCACUCGAUUGUUCUUCUACGCCGAACACGAGCAGCGCUGUUCACAUAUUUCACUUCAAGAGAAGGACACAUGCGUUCUGCAGUCAUGUAGACGAUUCAUCGAACAGAAUUCAGAAGAGAUUUGUCUUGAACCUAAAGAAGAAGGUCAGUGCGGUGGAACAUUCGCUCGUUACUGGUACAAUCAUAAGAAGCUAAAAUGUGAACGCUUCAUUUUCACUGGAUGUAAGGGAAAUCGCAAUCAAUUCGACACUGAAGAUGAAUGUAAACGAGUUUGUUUGCCGGGAUACGAGAAAGCUUCUGGUAGUAAUUUGCCUAACCAUCAAUUAAUUGAGGAAUUUGGAAUAGCGGACAUCGAUGACGGCGGUGAUCCAGUUCCGUGCGAAAUGCACGAGUGGUCGCCUUGGGGAAACUGCUCAGUGACGUGUGGACGAGGAAAACGAACGCGGACCAGGCAAAUUAAGAUAUUCCCACGAAAUGGUGGCACACCGUGUCCAGAACACUUGAUCCAGGAACUUAGAUGUGAGCUUCGACCAUGUCCCACGGCCAAGUGUACAGUGGGUUCAUGGUCGCGAUGGUCACGAUGCUCAGUUAGUUGCGGUGAAGGAGUACAGGUACGAAGACGUCGAGUACAGAAGGGAAGGAACGGUGAUUGGGAAGAGGUCGAAUGUGAAGAGAAAGAGCUCGAGCACCGGAUGUGUCGACUGCCUUGUCCGCGAAGAACCUAG